AGUGCUGCAGCAAGAGAUGUUGGUGCUAAUCUACAAGUUCCGUUGCCUCCCUCUGCCACAGCGUGGAGAGCACAUGGCAGCCAAGAAGAAGCGAGUGUUGGCGCACCUGGGCGUGCUCUGACAGAGGGGACUGUGGGUCAUCAGGCUUGAGAGCGUGUUUAGUAUCGUUUCAGAUGUUAUGUGGUAUACGUAGCCUAAGGAAUUUUUAAAAAGUAGGCCUGGUUUACGAUCUAGAGAGAUUUCUGAGGAGAUGGAUUUAUUUGGUUAAGAAAUACUUUUCUUGAACUUUUUUUUUAAAUAACACUCGGUGUUACCACAACACAUGUCCUGAAAUGUGAGAGCCGUCACGGGUGGAGGCCCGGCAGGUGCGAUUAGCCAGAGAGAAAGCGGCAGGAGCUGAACCCGAACUGUCAAUUACAUGUUUUGCAUUCAGACUUCUCUGUGCUUUGACUUGCAAGGGAGGUUGGGAAUCGGACGAAAGCCAUUGAGACGUUAACAAUGAAAGGAGGUUCUUACUGCUUCGUGUUAUUUCAGGGACAAACUGCUUACUAGAAAAUUGAUCUUGGCCACUCCUUGACAUGACUGGUUUGCAGAAUUAGUUCCCUUUCCUUUCCUGAAACCCAUUCAGCAUGGAAUCAAACAAUAGCCGCUCUGGCAAGAAUCCUCUUAUACACACAAUGAAAAAAGAUUUCUGAGCUCUGCAGGUGAUAACCGAAGUCCGUCACACUUUUCACAGCAACCCAGAGGCAGCAGUGAGCUGGGCGAAAGCUCACGGGACUUCAUAGUAAUGGCUUUCGUAUUUAGAACUGUGGCCCAAUUAGCUGCAAUGUCGUUAUCUUUGCUGGGGUGGGUUUUAGCCUGUCUCACCAACUACCUGCCGUACUGGAAGAACCUGAACCUGGACCUGAACGAAAUGGAGACCUGGACCCAGGGCCUGUGGCAAGUCUGCGUCGUCCAGGAAGAGGUGGGGAUGCAAUGCAAGGACUUCGACUCCUUCCUGGCCCUGCCCGUGGAGCUCCGGGUCUCCAGGAUCCUCAUGUUCCUGUCCCACGGGCUGGGGCUCCUGGGCCUGCUGGUCUCAGGGUCUGGGCUGGACUGCCUGAGAGUCGGAGAGAGACAGCGCAAGUGCAAGAAGUGGCUGCUGAUCCUGGGAGGGGUCCUGUUCUGGACGGCGGGCGUCGGGGUCCUGGUGCCGGUCUCCUGGGUCGCCCACGUGACCGUGCAGGAGUUCUGGGACGAGACCCUCCCGGAGGUGGUGCCCAGGUGGGAGUUCGGGGAAGCCCUCUUCCUGGGCUGGUUCGCUGGGUUCUCUCUCCUCCUCGGGGGCUGCCUGGUAACCUGGGCCGCCUGCUGCUCCCAGGCUCCGCUGGCUGCAGGCCGCUACGCAGCGGCAGAAACGCAGUAUCUCCGUCACCCCCUGGAGAUGAAAAACACUCGGCUGACAGUCUAAGCCCGAGGAUCCGGGCGGCCACUGCCCGGGGGACGCUUGCUGAGCCCGGGACCGGGUAGGAUUCCCUGCUGCCUGGUCACCCAGGCACCACGCUAGCAACUUUCUAACAUGCAUUUUCCCCAGUGGCGACUGGCUCCUUGAACUGUGAUUUCUUUCCCAGGCGGUAAACCACUUUUACCUUCUACUCUGAGGCCAAAACCAAUCAAGACUUAAUAGUAAUCAUGCUCGUUUCUGCGGAGGCGUUUCCUCAAUUUUGAAGUAGACCCAGUGACUGCACAGAACUGGUAAAUGAAACAUUCUGCCCGCGCUUACGCCCCUGAAGGUGUUACUCAUAGAGACGGGUCAUUCUGGCAGUGGGAGAUGUUACUGCUCAUCAAUCUCUUCUCUCCAGUGUUUGAGAUGACCUACUCUACAGAAACAGGCUCACGGCAUAUUUAUUUAAAAUGUGUGACAUCUGAUUAAACUAAAAAAACGGCUGUUCUUUGAAAGCUGGAGAGGUGAGAGACGUGGACACAUCGUGUCUUUAACCAGAGACCUCAGGGGUUCUGGCCACUCACUUAUGUCUCCGCCCCAGGCCAGGGGCAGAGGAGGGCAGACUUGUGUAUUGGAAGGGUCACUGAAACCCACUCACAAGCCUGCUUUUGCAUCUGGACCCUGUGCUCUGCAGCAGAUGGUGAAUGCUCGCCCACCCCCUGCAGGGGGCGCUGCAGGCCAGCCCGGUCUGGGUGUGUGGGCAGAGCUCAUAUGGAGCCCUUGUUUUACUUGCACAAUGAAAAUAUUCUGCCUUUUUUUUUUUUUAAAUCAGCAAUGCAUAUCGUCCAACCAAGAAGUAUUCACAACAAACUGAUGGCCUGGGGGAUUCUUCAUGAAAGAUUUUAUAUUUGUUCUGUACACAGAUCAAGUCAAUUCUUGUGUUUGAGCCAAUCAGGGAAAUUACCUGAGCAACAAACGACACAAAUAAAGUCUUAGGGAAUAUGUAUCUUUGUUGAAAAAACAAAAACAAAAACAAAACAAAAACCACUGAAUAUUUUCCACCCACAAACACAUGAAAAGUGCAGAAACCAGUUAAUCUAUGUGAUAUAUUUGCACACUUUUACAAACAAGACAAAUUAAAACAGAAACAUAUUCAGAAUUUAACCUGAUUAAAUAUUUAGUUCAGUCCUGAGCUUUUGAUAUUUAAUACAAUAUAAAGUAAUAGCAAAAAAAAAAAGGAUUUAAAAUUUUUUUGAUUUGCAUGCGACAGAGAUUCAGCUAAACUUUGUUCAUUUGGCUAGCAGUAUGCUUUUGUACCUGUAACACUUAGAUUCUGAUAUACAAAACUGUAGUAACAUGUUGAUAAUUCAAACUUGAGAACUAAAUAUUACAUUCUUUUUACCCUGUGCAGAAUAAAUUCUACCUUUAAAAAAUAGCAUUUAUAAUAUUAAAAUUCAUAUUGUCCAUAUGGUUUUGUGAUCAAGUUAUUAAAAUGUGUCACUGUGAAUCAUUUGGGUUAGUACAAAUAUGACAGGAUUGUUAAAGGCUGCCUAUAAAUACAUAACACUAAGGCUGAUUUUUAAAGUGUGGAAAAGGAUUAUAUUAAAAUAAGUUUCUCUCUUGUGUUAGAAAUAAGCAAAUUUU